AAAGCUCCAGAGCUCCAACCCGUCUACUGAAAUCUUCCUUUUUCCUGGAUCAUGUACCAGGACUACUCCGGGAACUACGACACCUCGUCCCGCGGCAGCAGCACCUCUCCGGCCCAGCCAGAGUCCUUCACGAGCGGCAGCAGCACGAUCGGCAGUCCGAUCUCUACCUCAAGCUACCAGAAGUACAGGGUUGACAUGCCCGGCUCCAACAGUGCCUUCAUCCCCACCAUCAAUGCCAUCACUACCAGCCAAGACCUACAGUGGAUGGUGCAGCCCACCGUCAUCACCUCCAUGUCCAACCCUUACUCCCGCUCCCACCCUUACAGCCAUCACCUGACCAACGGUCCAGGGCUGCUGGGACACAACACACUGGCAAGGCCCGGCGUCAUCCGCUCCAUCGGGGACGCCCGAGGGCGGCGUAAGAGGGACGAGCAGCUAACCCCAGAGGAGGAGGAGAAAAGGAGAGUGAGGCGUGAGAGGAAUAAGUUAGCUGCAGCCAAAUGCCGCAACCGCAGACGAGAGCUCACUGAGAUGCUCCAAGGGGAGACAGAGAAGCUGGAGGAGGAGAAGGCGGACUUGCAGAAGGAGAUCGAGUCCCUGCAGAAAGAGAAAGACAAGCUGGAGUUCAUGCUGGUCGCCCAUAAUCCUGUGUGCAAGCUGCCCAUAGAGGACCGCCACCAGGGUGGGCACCACCACCAUCACCACCACCAGCAGCCACAGCAGCAACAGUGUGCCCCCCUACCCUUGACCAUGCGCUCCAACAUGGGCAACCGGGGCCCCAUCAACCAGGUGGUGGUGAAGCAGGAACCGGAGGAGGACGAUGACAAUGUGGGAAAGUCCCAGCGCUCUGUCAUCAAGCCCAUCUGUCUGGGCAGCGGUGGGGUCGUCGGUGGCAGCAUUUACUGCACAGACGGGGACAGCCUCAACACACCAGUGGUUGCAGCCUCCACCCCGGCCUCCACACCCAGCGCCCCGAGCCUCAUCUUCACCUACCCUAGCAUGCUGGAGCCAGAGAGUCCUUCACCCUCCUCCGAGUCGUGCUCCAAGGCCCACCGACGCAGCAGCAGCAGCGGCGACCAGUCCUCAGACUCCCUCAAUUCACCCACCCUCCUGGCCCUCUGAGCGAGGGCUCAGUCAAGCGAGCUCGGGUGACAAACAAACACUGUGGACGAUGGCAAAAGUGUAAGAGCAACUGCGUCACGCUGACAACCCUCCCGCCCCCCCCCCCCAACCACACCCCAACCCUCAACCCCCCCCACCCAAUGUCUUUAAAAGACCCAAGAGCACAUUCAAAAGUCCAGACCAAGCUGACCAUGUGAGCCGUCUCCUUGACGCAGGGAGACCCACAAGGGCUACGCCGCUCGUUUCUUCUUGUUCUGCUUCAGUGUGAUUUUUUUUAUAUGUAAACGUGUGUGCAGCGAUCCCGACAAGUGUCGUCCCUCCUCCAUUUCAACUCCAGAGUGUCAACUUGUUUACUGAACAGAUGAUUUUUUUUGUUUGUUUGUUUUUUUGAAGUAAGAGAUGCCCAAAUCGGGCAGUCGCGGUGAGUUGAGGCGACAAGAAAACUAAAGAACGAGCUCAAUAUAUUUUUUGAAAACAUUGUUAGAAAGCCAUGUGGACAGCACUUGCACUCCGCCAAGAUCAAUCAAUAAAUCACUAAACGAGGUCAGCAUUUUCCCUGGAAUUUCUGAAGAGCGAUGCAGACAAUGAGCAAAGACUUCUUCUCAUCUUUUUAGAUUUGUCCUUCAUAUCCCAGAAACUUGGACCAUGAUUCUGGAAUCGCUACAAAGAGUGUGGAUGUGCUCGUAAACAGUUUUGACGUUAUUUCCAUCUCUUUAAUUGUAUUUAUGGCCUGUGCUGAUAAAUUUUACAAAGUGUUUUGUUGAUACAUUGUCCUCUCCUUAUCUGCCUGUAGAAAAGCAACAUGGUUUGCCGCAAGGUGAAACAGGAAUCCUCAGUGUUGCAAAGGAUACGAGCCAAUUUUGAGUCAAUGCCUAGUUCCUCAAUACUCUAUACCUACUAUUUUGCCAUAGCGUUGAUGGCUUGACUUUACAGUAGUAUUGAUGUGCUUUUCCUCAGUGAUCUUGUACCUGAACUUUACAACAUGUUUAAGACAAAGUGUAUGUGAUUUACAUUGAUGUCAGGGAUUUCUCUCAUGUGUAGUAGAACCCCAGUCCUGAAGAACAUUGCAGGAACGCAGGCUGUUGUAUGGUCUAGCCAAAGUGUUGCAGUGGUGGUGUGUGGAGGAGAGCAAUUUCAUAGGGUCAUCUUGUCAUGUCAGAAAAGUUUGUUUAUUCGCUCAGACAUGUCAAAGACAUUCCACCAACAUAAAAGUUUGAACUAAACCCUCCUUAGCUGGAUUCUGUAGUUCUCUUUGUAGUUCUGUUUUUUUUUUUCUAGCUCUGCAUUUUUCUCCAAAUAAGAGUCUUACUCUUUUCAACACUGCCUCUCAAGGCAGGUCAGGUUUCAAAAGCCAAAAGGUUUGUAUUUCACAUGUGAUCCUGUAAUCUGUUAGUCUCUGUGUAAAGGAGGAGUUUUGCUCGACUUUUGAAAAAGCCACUGUGGUCUAGACUGUCGCCAGCUGGCAAUGAUGUCAACCCUGUUUAUACCUUUGUUAGUAAAUCUGUCAGUUUUAGCAAAGAAAUUAUGUUAAUUGCAGCUCAGAUGUGCUGAUUUAUGGGUGUAUGAACAUAUGCCAGCAUCCUAGGUACUUGGUAGAAACUUUGUCACUAGUGGAAGCCUUGUUGGCUUAAAUCAAGGGCCAGGCAUAGCAACUAAUUAAUUUCUGACCGUUAGGAAGGGGUAAGAAGACUCUCUCUACAGCUGGCCUGAGAUGAAAGAGGGGACACCUUGAGCAGACUUGAGAAGAAUAAAUAUUUCUGAAGUUCUAUAAAGCACUUCUUUUUCAUAUAUUUUUUGUGUGCAUCUUCAAGGGAAGAGGGUUUUAAAUACUGCCAUGCACUGAGAAGGAUAGAACUGCGAUAUUUGGGACUUAUUUGUUUACUUCAAACAUUCCUAAUAGAUAUGAGGUCAGGGGUCGAGGGGUGUCAUAAUCUUUGCUAUAAUCUUUUUUUUUUUUUUUUUUUUUGUUAGCCAAUGAAUAGAAGAUGGGGCCGGAAGACUUUUGUUGUGCUGGAUGCAGCAAAUGAACUUUGCAAUUCAAUGAAAAAAAAAAAACUGCUGCUGUUGUUAACUUGUUUCGAAGGAACAUGUCACCUGUUUGUCUUUUGAUGCUGUUGGAUUUAACGUUGCUGGUUAUGAUAUCACGCAGAUGCAACGGGGAAAGCACCUAUCCUGCAUUGACACCAUAAAAAGACAUAAAACAAUAACCAAAAACAUUAUUGUGGGUGAGUCUGAUUAUGUCUGUAUGUUUAAACUUUCUGGACCCCCUAGAAACACAUAGGAAAGCCAUUGACUGUAGAUCUUCUACUGUACAUGUCAUCUACUGUCUGUCCUCUACUGUCUGCCUGUUUUCAAUUACUAUUACUUAUUUUCCAAAUGCUUUACCUGUUUAAAAUGAUUCAAAAUGAAUAAAAACAGCAAUAUGUA